GGCAAUUUUGCAAGGACAAGCGACAUUACUUCAAGAAAUCCUUCUCUUCCCUCAUCCAACACCCUUCUCUGCACAAGAAAUAAUGGGUAAAUUCUUGACUGCGAUGACUCACCUUCAUACUCUUGCCGGGCCAUCGGUGAUGUUGCUCUAUCCUCUAUAUGCAUCAGUAGUGGCUAUAGAGAGCAAAUCGAAGUUGGAUGAUCAGCAAUGGCUAGCAUACUGGAUUCUCUACUCUUUUCUCACUCUCAUGGAGAUGGUUCUUCAACCUGCUCUUGAAUGGAUACCUAUUUGGUAUGAUGUGAAGCUAGCAAUGGUGGCAUGGCUGGUUCUUCCCCAGUUCAGAGGAGCUGCAUUUAUUUAUGAAAAAUUUGUUAGGGAAAAGCUCAUCAACAGAUAUGGAGCUCGAUAUUUCAGAGAGAAAUCUCCCCCUCUUGCCAAGGUGAAUUUGAAACACAGUGAGGACUGACUACUGAGGAGGCGAAUUUAUGUGGAACCGUUGUGCGCUCGUUUUGUAAUCAGCGAAAAACACUGUAUUUCAUCUGUAAUAUCAAAAUAGGAAUUGAUGAAAGAUAAUGUGGAUUUUGUAUCCUGACUUUUAAAGUUUGUAAUAAUCUGUUUGCUUGUCGA